AUGAGCAAGCCCGCAGGAUCAACAAGCCGCAUUUUAGAUAUUCCCUGUAAAGUGUGUGGCGACCGCAGCUCGGGGAAACACUACGGGGUCUACGCCUGCGACGGCUGCUCGGGUUUUUUCAAACGGAGCAUCCGAAGGAAUAGGACGUAUGUCUGCAAAUCUGGAAACCAGGGAGGCUGCCCGGUGGACAAGACGCACAGAAACCAGUGCAGGGCGUGUCGGCUCAAGAAGUGUUUGGAAGUCAACAUGAACAAAGAUGCCGUGCAGCACGAGCGGGGGCCUCGGACGUCCACCAUCCGCAAGCAAGUGGCCCUCUACUUCCGUGGGCACAAGGAGGAGAACGGGGCGGCCGCGCACUUCCCCUCCGCCGCGCUGCCAGCGCCCGCCUUCUUCACCGCUGUCACGCAGCUGGAGCCACACGGCCUGGAGCUGGCCGCCGUGUCCGCCACCCCCGAGCGGCAGACCCUCGUGAGCCUGGCUCAGCCCACGCCCAAGUACCCCCACGAAGUGAAUGGGACUCCAAUGUAUCUCUAUGAAGUGGCCACCGAGUCAGUGUGCGAGUCAGCUGCCAGGCUUCUGUUUAUGAGCAUCAAGUGGGCUAAGAGUGUGCCAGCUUUCUCCACACUCUCUUUGCAAGACCAGCUGAUGCUUUUGGAAGAUGCUUGGAGAGAACUGUUUGUUCUAGGAAUAGCACAAUGGGCCAUUCCGGUUGAUGCUAACACUCUACUGGCUGUAUCUGGCAUGAAUGGUGACAACACAGAUUCCCAGAAGCUGAACAAGAUUAUAUCUGAAAUACAGGCUUUACAAGAGGUGGUGGCUCGGUUUAGACAACUCCGGUUAGAUGCUACUGAAUUUGCCUGUCUAAAAUGCAUUGUCACUUUCAAAGCUGUUCCAACACACAGUGGUUCUGAACUGAGAAGUUUCCGGAAUGCUGCCGCCAUUGCAGCUCUUCAAGAUGAAGCUCAGCUAACUCUCAACAGCUACAUCCACACCAGAUAUCCCACUCAGCCGUGUCGCUUUGGAAAACUCCUGUUGCUUUUGCCAGCUUUACGUUCUAUUAGUCCAUCAACCAUAGAAGAAGUGUUUUUCAAAAAGACCAUUGGCAACGUGCCAAUUACAAGACUACUUUCAGAUAUGUACAAAUCCAGCGACAUCUAA